GGCGGUUCCGGCCGAGGCGGAAGGGGGCGGGCUCAUUAUUGGGUCUUCAACUGGUGCUGUCCCAGGCUGACGAUGUCACGCGCAUUCGCGGGAGAAAUUCGAGAAUGGACCUUGUGCCGUGGUAUGAGGUGGUAUAAAUACUUGAAUAAACACUGAUGAUUUUCUGGACCUGACUGGUUUACAACUUCAGAAGAAACAAUGGAAAGCCAAGAAUUUAUUGUCUUAUACACUCAUCAAAAGACAAAGAAGGCCAAAGUGUGGCAAGACGGAACUCUGAAGCUCUGCCCCUCAGGAAACAAGGCAGUUUUACAUGAUGACAGAGGAGCUUGCCUGGAAAAUCUCUUUCUGAAGUGCCUUGAGGUGAAACCUGGAGCUGACUUAGAAAGUGAUCGCUACUUAAUCACAGUUGAGGAGGUAAAGGCCACUGGAAGCCCAGCUGUUCAACAGGAAGUCAUUAAAGAAGCACCAGGAUGGGGUUCCAGGGGCUUGGUGUCUUCCAGCUGGUCUCGUGGGUGUCAGCCCCCCGGUUUAAAACGGAAAUCAACUGGUUUUCGAGGACUGCGUCAAGUCCCAAAGAAAAUGGUAGUUACAGAAGAUGAGGAAUCCUCUGCAUCAUUUGAGGCUGGCACUGUUGUUCCUCCAUUCUAUAGCUCGGUGCCUUUGUUUCCUGCUGUGGGCCGGAAGGAGAUAAAUAACAUGCAGACAGACCCCGAAGGCACUGUCGCUGUGCGAGCUGGAGAGAGCUGGGGCCGGUUUCCGACCAGCUCCUUUGAGGGGAGACCGGCAGUGCCAGGGCAGGAGGAGGGUCUCUGCACGCCUCUCGGCUCUGGAUGUCAGCGUGCAGACCCUGUGCUGGCCACAGAGCCCAUGGGAGGACAUGGCUCAGCCCCUCCCCGCCCGCAAGUCUCGCAGCAGCACAUCAGAAGCAAAGCGCAGAUCUUAGCUCUUCUGAAAUCCACACCAGCAGCCGUGCAUGAGAACCGAGAGGCUGAGCCACCAGGACACUUCUGGCAGACUUGGACCCCACCGGCGGGUGGAGCCAGCCUGGAAGGGCAUGCUGAGGUGACAGGCACGGAGGGCCCAGGAUGCCAGGAGCAGCUGGAGAACACCAUGGGAGGCAGAAGCCGCUGGGCCAAGUAUUUAUCCCCGCUGAGUUCCUGGGCAGCUGCUUCUGCCUCAGGGGGGGAUGAUGUGGAGAGGCAACUGGCAGUGCAGGAAAAUGACGUGAAUUUGAAUUUGGAAGGCCUUUUGGUACAAAAAAUCCAGGCCUUUGGAACAUGUGCUGAAAAGGGCAAAAAGCAUCUUGAAGACGAGCCAGUGGAUAAUAAUGAGUGUUGGAAUCAGGAAGAAAAAUUAGAAAUUCCUUCAUUCUGUGGAAGCAGCAGCUUGCUGGUGAGCUGUAGCAGUGUAGGAAAGGGUGCGUUACUCUCAGAAGCUGGUAUUUGCAAAAAUAAUAAAGCACCUUUCAGUGGAAAUGACCAAGGGUGCACUGGAGAAGCUGUGAGGGGGGUUAGUACAUGGGGACUCCCAGGGCAGGACUGGCGGCUUGGAAUGUGGCCUCUGCCAGCCUCAAGACAUCUGCAGGUUGAAUCUGCUCUGAGUCAUGACACUGUGGACAAGGUUUCAGAAAGCCCCACUGCCAGUGAGAGUCUGGGUAGUGUCCAGGAAUCUGGAGGGAGUAGGACACAGCCACUUUGGGAGGUAACUUUUAACCUGAGCAAUUUUGAGACCAGUGAUAUGGAGGAGGACACACAGGAAAGCAGCAGCAUUUCCCAGGAUGCAGGGGUCUGGGUAAGGGAGAUUCCAGGAAAUGGCAAUGCAUGUAUUCAAAAGCCAUUCGAAGGUCCAAGGUGUCAGGAAAUUAGCAGUGAAAAUUUGCCACGCCUAACGUCUGUUGGUGACAAGUGGAUAGAGAAGUGUCCGGUUAAAGAGUCACUAUCAAAGUUUUGUGAUAAAACAUGUGUGGGUAUGGACACGGGGCCUUGUGAAGGGGGAAGCACUGGAGAAGCAGUAGCAGAGGACUGUAGCGACGCUGUAAGCGGUUCCAACCUGUCCACAGUGGGGAGCGAUGACGGAGAUGUAGAUAGCAAAGAAGAUGCGAACAGAUCCACCCAAAACAUUGGCAGUCACUAUGAUUUUGCUUCACUCUCAAGUAAAUCUAAAGGAACAGAUGCAGAAUUACAUACUCCUGACUUUUUAAACAUAGUCACUAAUCAGACUCCUCAAAACAGUGACUUACUUUCCCAUAUACAAACUCCACCUUUUACUUUGGGAAGUGACUUAGAUAGAGAUGCUAAACAGGUUUUCCUGCCAGUCUCUGACAAUGAGAAUAGUAUCCGGCGGUUAGAUAGUCAGGAUCACUGGGAAUCUGUUGCACUUGCUAAGUCCAAUUCCCGAGUUUGCAAUUCUUUGCCUACCCAUCGGGAAACAAAGCAGCCUCUUUACAGAGACACUGAAGCUUAUAUUCCUGAAUGUGAGGAUUUGGGGAGGGGUCCAAGUCUGUCUCAUGACCAUGAUCACAUAGAAACUGCCAGAAACAGCAGUCAGUUCUGGACUAAUCCUAGAAACUCUUCAGGUCUCUCCAGAAUAGUCAAUAACAUUUCCCUUCUGAAGUCACUGUCUGAACCCAGUACUGCUUUGGAAAGCUUGGAAAUGCUGAAAAAGGGAAACACUACCUUUCCACAGCGAAGAGCUCUGCAGGCAGAAGAGGCAGAGAGCAGAACUGAAGCUAGGAAACCAUUUAUAAGGAUACCAUUUACUCCUCAUGUGAACCAGGACUUGCAGCAGAUACUGAAAGAAAAUGAAGUUGAACCAACUAAGCCUCUUCAGACCCCACUGCCCGUUGAGUUUCUAGGCCACCAAGUGACAGGCUCAGCUAGCAGUGGCGUGAUGAUCAGAAGCCCCAGCUCACGGCCUCAAUGCAGUCUGUUUCCAGACAGCACUGAGUGCGAAGACCUCCUGGCAAACGGAUGCUUCCUGCGGCCCGAGCUCGCCAGUGUGCGGGGCCAGACCCACCUCUCACAGGUGGCUUCCCCAGAAGAGAGGAUCUCUACACUCCGCCCUUUGGACUCAAGGCACGAAGACUUCACGGUAGAAGUCUCUGAGGAGUCCCUGAGAGCAAGAACGUUACCUGGUGACCGCUUUCCUGGCUGGGGGGUAGUGGUGAGGGCACUGCUCUAAUCUGUCCAUCUAGGCAGCGUGACUCUUAAUUAGAGAUGAACCACACUGAGAUGAUCUUAGCCCCAGAUUCUGGGUCACCUCCCUCCGAGCCUCCCCAUACCUUUUGACUUUUGUGGACAGCUAUUCUGGGUCUGAAAUGUCCUUCUGACUCCCACUUCCUUCCUCCAUCUCCCAGCUUUCUCUUCCCAUCCCUCUGAAAGUGGGUUCUCCCAUCUGUACUCUUCUUGGCUGCUGCCCCAGAGCCCGAACCCCCCCAUGGUGUCCUAUUUUCCUGAGGAAUGGCCCCUAGCAGAGGUCUCAGCCAUACCCUCAGGGCCUGGAGUCUGACCUCUGCCUUUCCCCUCUGUACUCUGGGGUCAUUUCUGCUCUUCAGCUUCAGUGUUCUCAUAUGGUGCCCGGGGUUUCAGCUGUCAGCUUGACUGGAUUGAGAGACUGCUGGGGAGGCAUUGGAUGGUGAGGACGCCCCUCCUCAGGGAUUAACCCUGCCCAUGAGGAGCUCCAAGCUGGCUGGGCCAGGAUGGAGGAAGUGGUCAUGGGGGUGUGACCUGGGAACCACCGCUGCCUUCCUCGCACCUCUCUUCCCCUCUGCUCGGUUCCCUGGGUACCAUGGGGUGAGAGCCGCUUUCCUCUGCCACACCCUUCCGCCAUGAUGUUCCUGCCUUUCAGCCAGGCAGCCACGGACUGAAUCCUCUGAAAUCAUGAGCCAAAACAAACCUCUCCUUUAAAUUGUGGGUGUCAGGUAUUGUGUCUUGUGUCCCAGCAGCGGGAAGGCUGCCCAAUGCACCUACUUGUUGGUUUGUCCUUACAGGUCAUCUCCUGCUUUUUGAUAAAUGCAGUAGUCAUGCUACAGGAUUCUGUCUUCUGACCUCUCUGUUCUCUUUUCUUAUAAUCUCACUGGUGUGUCUUUGAUUCCGAAGUUAUUUUGGGUGAGGGCUGAGAUUAUAGGUAAUAUGUUGUGGUUGUGGCUGAAUGAUAUAAAAAUGAAAAGAAUUUUAAUAAGAAUAGGUAAUUGGGUUGGAAAUGGUGUAAUGAGUGUAAAGAGUCAGGAUGGGAGGAGUAGGUACCCUAAAACAAGUAAAAUGGCUGUAGAAUAAUAAGUGAUUUUCAGUUUUGCUAUGAAUCUUUUACUUCUUUAUUGGAGCUUUAACUUUUCUGUCAGUGUUGCUUGAUCAAAUUAUUAGAAUUACGAUGUAGCACUUUAUAGAAAACAUUUGGUUCACCUGCCGCUCUGCUACUUCUUAAAGGAUCUCCUGAGUUUAUUUACCACAAAACAGAAAUGUUGUCAGGAAGGUGCAUUAUUAUAGAAUAGGAAUCCAUAGCAUUUUCAGAUAAAAAUUUUAAGCUUGCAUAGUUUUCAUGCAGCAUUAUUUGUUCAUUUAUAUAUUCAAUGGAUAUUUAUGGCUUAUUACAUUUCAGGGAUCUCUAUGCCAAAGCUGCUAACAGAGAGAAUUAGAAAACUCCUCAGACGGUAUCUUCCUCCAGCUUACCAGAAAUGUAUUCUUCCUACAUGCCAAAAGAUCAAAAAAGCUAAAAUCUUUGCACUGAGGGUGACAUGAUUCUUGAAUGUAAUAAGUAUGUAAAGGGAGUUAACAGUCACAUAGUCAUCAGCAAACCAUGAACUUCAGUCUCUGGAGAAGGAAUAGAAAGAUGAUAUCAACAAACUGGACUGGGUCUUUGGCCUGACUCUGCUGCUUGCCAGAGCUGUCACCUCUGGUCGCUGUCAUUUCACUUUUAAAAUGAGAAUGAUGCAUCUUUUCCUGGCCUGAAAAUGCUUUGAAAACUUAGGUGCUACGUAAAUAUAACGUAGCAAUUUGGAAUAAAUCUUUACAUAGCUAAGUAGUAAAAGAAAAAAGAGAGAACCUUCAAAUUUAUCAGCAUUUUAGAAGUUUGAAAAUCAAUAAGGUUUAAAAUCCUUAUUUAUUUAUUUUGUUUUUUGAGACAGCCCAGGCUGACCUUGAAUUCACAGUGAUCCUCCUGCCUCAGCCCCCUGAGUCCUGGGUU